CGAGAUUCCACCUCAUCACCUGCUGUUAGUUGUUUCAGAUGCUUUAGUGAUCUGCCAGCCGAACAUUACUCACAUCACUUGCAGUACUCUAUUGACGAGUAGACUCUCAUCAACCAGCUUAGCUCCUUAUUCUAGUCCUGAUUUGGUUGUCGGAAUGGAAAUGGAGGCGUGCGGCCCGCUUAGAGAGGUUCCGCUUCAGUCCUUAUCGUCCGACGACCUGCCGCAUUUCUCGCCGGGAACAGCGGGGAAAGUCCUAUGGUCAUGCGAGAAGGACCGGGAUUUCCGCCUAGCGCGGGCGCGCGAGAUGCUGGCAUACGCGAACGACGCGGAGCGACGGCAGUUGGAAUUGUUUUACCCUGAACUACGGAGCGGCGCGGACGACAACGAUGUGCUCCCAAUGGACGGCGACGAUCUGGCGACGAUCGACUUGGGCGAUCCCCCGCUGUUCUUCCUCCACGUUGGCCGCGACUGGCUCGAAGCUGACGUCACCACGUCUACCAACGGCAUCGAUUUCGGUCUUAUAGGCUGUCAGCUCUCCUCCGCCGAUUUCGUCGGCUUGCGCGAGGUCCCGCACGCGGCGGCCUCCGCGGACCUCCCCUCCGCCGACCUUCAUCUCCAGUCGCCAGUUCCCGCUGCCAAAUCCGCUUCCGCCGCAGCCGUCGUCGCCGCUGCUUCCCGCCGUCCGCGAGCCUUCCUAUCGUCGCUGCUCGUGCCCUCCGCCAAGCUCGCUGGCGGCGCCGCCACGCGCAAGUCCGCGUCGGGUUCCGCCGCUGUCUCGUGGACGGGCGUGGGGCGCGCGCGGCAUAGCGGACCAGUGGGGGCGGAACGGCACGGCGCGAGGGAUGCAGGAAGGGGGACGCAUAAGGCGGGGGAGAGUGAUGGUGGGGAAAUGGCCGCGGGGAGAGGGGAUGAGCAGAGCGGGCAGAGGCGGGGAACAUGGGCGGGCGGGGAGAACCAGGAGCAGCGGGGGAAGGCGGGAGGCGGGUGGGCGGAGCGGGGCCUGCGCACGUGGGAGAUACUGUGGAAGGACAGCCGGUGGGACGGGCCCAUGCGACGACUGACGUUCUCGUGCAACGCCAACGGGUACAAGGCGAUCGAGGGCAAGAUCAGCGAGUGGGCAGCAGCGGCGCACAGCACGGCCAUCAUGAUCGAUGCCAGCAAAGCCGCCAUCCGCGCCCGCUCCUCCUCCGCCUCCUCCCUCUCCUCUCUCGCCUCCGCCACUGCCCCUCACCGCCCCAACACUGGCGCGGGAGGGGGAGCAUCCGCUGCGGCAGCGGCGAGCAGAGCAGGAGCGGCAGCGGGUGGCAUGAGCAAGAGACGAGGCUCAGAGCCAAGGGGUGUGCAGCGAAGUGGGGCAGGGGGUGCAGGAAGCGACAGGGGCGGGGCAGGGAUGCGGGUAGGAACAUCACACGAGGGGGCGGGGGGUGAGGCUGUCCCUAGCGGGGAGUCGACGGUGGGCGGGUGGGCUGUGUUCUAUGGCUCUCUACCCGCCAACGGCCUUGCUGCCGUGGCGCCACAGGCAGUGCAACCACGGGAUGAAGCACAAGGGCAGGGGCAAGGUAGGGUAGACGAGCAGGGGGAGAAGGAGGAGGAAGGGAGGGCGGAGGGAGGUGUAGGUUUGGCUGCGGUGCAGGAGAGUGGUGUGAGGGAGGAGGGAAAGACAGGCAGCGAUUCAGCAGAGGGGGGCAGCAGUGCUGGUGAGGGGAGAGGGAAGCAUAGGGAGCAGGUGGUGAAGAAGGAGGAGGAGGAGGUAGAGGGAGAGGUAGAAGAGGAGGAGGAGGAGGAGGAGGAGGAGGAGGAGGAGGAGGAGGAGGAGGAGGAGGAGGAGGAGGAGGAGGAGGAGGAGGAGGAGGAGGAGGAGGAGGAGGAGGAGGAGGACAUGGAGUGCAGUGUGAUCCGGUGGGGCUCGGUGGCUGUGGAGGGUCGGUUCCUCCCCUCCAAAGAUGCUCCUUCCCAGCUCCUAUCGGAUGGCAACUGCAAAGCGGUGGCAGUAGCCCUGCCGGCUCGCCUGCGCACGGCCCGGUGGAUGCUGCUGUACAGCACUGCUAGGGACGGCAUCAGUCUGGCGACGCUGUACCGCAAGGUGGCGAAGAAGGGCCCCUCGCUGCUCAUUGUGCGCGACUCCCGCAAACACGUGUUUGGGUGCUUCACAUCAGAGGAAUGGAAGGUUGCCCCUCGUUAUUACGGCAAUGGCGAGUGCUUCGUCUUCCAGGUGCGGCCUCAGCUGAUGGCAUUUCGGUGGACACGGGCCAACGCACUCUUCAUGCUCUCCAGCGCCAACUCCCUCGCUCUCGGUGGCGGGGAUCACUACAGCCUGCUGCUGCAAUCAGACCUGCUGUCGGGGUACAGUGGACCCUGCUCCACAUUCGGCAGCUGCUCCCUCUCAAGCACGGAGUACUUCAAUGUGGCACAUGUGGAGGUUUGGGGCUUCAAGUGAUACCAGUGCUGCAGUCCGCUGCCAGCAUGCUGAAUAUAGUGCUACAUUUUGUUUUGUUUAGGCACUAAGACAGUAAGGGAUCCAGUUGUGGCGGUUGAGUUUGAGUGGCAGCCAGAGUCCACAAGGGCAGCAGUGGCUGCAUGUGAAUAUUCAGGGAUUCUAGUUUAAUGACCAAGUGACCAUGAGCCGCAAAUGGCGCAUUAGUGAGUGCCAUAAGAUUUCAUAUGAGGGCUUUGAACAGUCACCCUGCUCUCAAACAAGCUGUUUUGGGAG